AAAUAUGUUAUCGACAGUGAGUACGGCUUUUCUUCAGAGAGCGUAAUGUCAUGGACUGUACAUUAGCUAACUGGCUAGCCGAGUACUGCUAGCUAGAUGCUGCCGUGUAUCCGAAGAAACCAGCGAUGACUUACAGCGAUUUCUAUGGAUAAACAUCUGUUAAUGCGGGAUUUUAGACAGCUGCCAAACCACAGGUUCGACUUUGAAAAAGUUAAAUCAUCCUACCAACUGUCAUGGACAACGUGAAACCUCGCAGCAAUGAUGAGGAUGAAGAGCUACACUCAACAGACCCAGAGAGUAAAGAGAAGAGCAAAGAUAAAAAGACCCUGUGUAAAGUAAAGUGGUCCAGAGAUGAGGAUGAAAAGCUUAAAAAACUUGUAGAGCAGCAUGGAACUGACUCCUGGAAACUAAUUGCAAACUUUUUUCCAGGGAGGACAGAUGGCCAGUGUCAGCACCGCUGGCAGAAGGUGCUCAACCCAGAGCUGGUGAAAGGACCCUGGACAAAAGAGGAGGAUCAAAAGGUUAUUGACCUAGUUCACAAGUAUGGCCCCAAGCGUUGGUCAGUGAUCGCCAAGCACCUCCAGGGGAGGAUUGGAAAGCAGUGCCGUGAACGGUGGCACAACCAUCUAAACCCAGAGGUGAAGAAGUCCUCAUGGACUCAGGAAGAGGACCGAAUCAUCUAUGAGGCCCACAAACGCCUUGGCAACCGCUGGGCAGAGAUCUCCAAACUUCUUCCUGGACGGACAGACAACUCCAUCAAGAACCACUGGAACUCCACCAUGAGGAGGAAGGUGGAGCAUGAGGGGUACCUGCAAGAUGGCUGCAAGAGUUUCACCUCCUCUCAUGCUGGAGCAAAGCGACGCCACCACAGACCGUGUCCUCCAACUCCAACAGAGUCACAGCAUUGUGAUAGCAGUCCCCUGCCUAUAACAGGACCCAACCAGAUGGGGGGAUAUCCUUAUGAUCCUCACAGUGGACACUUGAUGGACGGUCUUCCUGAUAAUUCAGGCUUCAUAUCGCAGAGUUUGGAGCAGUACUCAGCCUGGUCUGAUAGUGUGUCAGAUGACACAAUGACUACAAGUAGCAGCAGCCUGGAGGAGCAGGCGGAGAGAAGGCCCUGGAGGAGCCCUGAGGUCCCCCAAGGACCUCCACCACAGCUUCCCGUCUCCCCAAGCAAGUUCCUGGCUGUAGAGGCCAGCACUGUGCUCUCUACCCUGCAGACCAUACCGGAGUUUGCAGAAACCAUGGAGCUCAUUGACUCAAUGUGUUUUGCUCUGCAGGACCCUGUGGCAUGGAGCGACGUGGCCAGUUACGACUUGUCAGAGACCACAACGCCACCCAGGCACAACCAGGCAGGGUACACCUCGCUCCUGCAAGAGAGGACGAUUGACAGUUCAAUGGGCUACACAGUCAACACUUCGAACGCCAUUUCUGAUCGUGAUAAGAGCUGUGCUCCAUUUGGUCUGAGCAGCGUCACCUCCCUGACUCCAAUCAACUCAUCCAAACCCACCCAGGCAUCCGUAGGGAGGAAGAGGAGAAGAGAGAGGGGGGAACCGUCCCCUACAUGUGACAGGACCUGCUCAUCAUUCUUGGAAAAUAUCUCAAAUUCUCCCAAGAAAACGCCCACAAAGUCACUGCCGUUCACUCCGUCACGAUUCUGCAACAUAUCAGGGGCGGAGCAUCUGAAUCUGGAUAACCCCGCCCUCACGUCAACACCUGUGUGUGGCCAAAGGUGUCUCCUCAACACGCCACUCCACAAAGACACCACACCUAAGCACCAGAAAGAGAAUGAUGGUUUGCGGACCCCCAAAUUCCGUAAAACUGUCAUGAUUCCAACUCCGAGGACACCGACUCCCUUCAAAAAUGCUUUGGCUGCCCAGGAGAAAAUGCAUGGGCCUCUGAAGAUGGAGCCACAGCCUUUGGCAUUUCUAGAGGAGGACAUUCGAGAGGUUCUGAAGCAGGAGACUGGAGCAGACAUCUUUAACAGAGCAGACGUCCAAUCAGACUACAGAGCAUGGAAACAUAAUAUUGAUGGUCCAGCGAGAAAGGUGCGUAAAUCUCUUGUGCUUGACCCCUGGGGGAAAGACUGCCUGAACAUCCAACUCUUUCAAGAGCAGCUCAACAAUGCACAAGUGACAGAUGAAAGUCUACUGACGGGCUCUUCACUGGUCGCCCCAGUCCCUGAGCAAGAGGACUGUAGCCGUUCUUUGACUGCUAGUCGAGAGGAGCACUCAUUAGUCCCUGUUCAUCCUCAUCGCUUUACCAGCCCCCGGAUGAAGAAGCUUCUUGCCUCCCACAAAGCACCAAAACACGCCGCUGUACAGGUGAGUGAUUGGGAAGCAGUGGUUUAUGGGAAGACAGAGGACCAGCUGAUCAUGACAGAGCAGGCCCGUCAGUACCUAACCCCCUACACGUCUUCUGGCUCUACCUCAAGGGCCCUUGUGCUUUAAAGCCGUCCCCUCGCUGCGAAGGCAACACUACU